CUGCCCACCCGCCGCCGAAAUCCCCGAUAAAAACUCGCCGGCCCGAACGCCGGCAGGGGGGCGUCAGAUCAAAAAGCCCCGGACCCCAAUCGAAUAAUCGAUCCCGCGUUGAUUUUGGGUGCGCAGGUGUCACGAGUCGAGUUUAGGUGCGACCUGAUUGAUCGGAGGAGGAGAGGACGCACCUGUUGUGUUGAGUGUGUGCUUGAAGGCGAGCCCGCCCAGGCCCGAGCCUGGCCCUGGCGUCGCGUCGCGGUCGCAUCGUGGGCGUGGCUGCCGGGUCCGAAUCAGUCGCACUCCGGCUCUCCUUCCUUCUCGUCUCUCUCCAUCGAUCGAUAGAUAGGCCGCUGCCGCGUUGUUUUCCUCGCCUUCCUUCCUGCCGCGCGCGACCAUGGCGUACAAAGGACGACAGGAUCGCUAGGCUGGGCUGUUGUUAGCUCUGCCGCUGCUAUGUUGUUGGCUUGGAAGGCGGCCUAGCAGGUAGCAGCCACUUUGCCGGUUGGCGCCUGGUUGAAUUUUGCGUCGUCCAUGGAUGUCGGGGAAGGAGCCCGCGCCGCCGCGGGUGGUGGCGGCUCCGGCGGGUUUAUCCAAUCCGUGGUGGGCUUCUCCUCCUCCUCCUCCUCCGCCACGCCCCUCUUCUUCUGGCUCCUCACCGUCGCGCUCGUCGCCGCCAUCCAUGUCGCCUCCGCCUACAUGUCCUCUCCCUCCUCCUCCUCCUCAAGCAGCGAGGACGCGGAGGCGGAGAAGAAGGCGAGCCGCGGAGGCUUCGCCGGCGAGGCAGAGGCGGACAGGAACGACGACAGGGUUCUGCAGAUGAUGCGCAGCUUCAGCUUCGUGCAUGCGAGCGAGGAGGAUUUCGUUGAGAGCAUGGCCACGUACGACCGGGCUUUCGACGACUCAGCGCCCACGGCCACGGCCUCGCCGCCGCCGGCUCCGUCGAGCCUCAGUUUCAGCUUCCACCACCAGAUACCGGAGAUUCCGCGAGAGGCGGCGGUGGUCCAAGAGAAGGAACAGCACGAACGAGAGCAGGAGAAGGAAUCGCCAAUUCCAUCUGGACCGCUGGCUUGUCGAGAAGAACACGAGGAGGAAGCAGAGGAAACAGAGGAAGUAGCGGAAGAAGAAGAAGAAGAGCCCAAGAUCGUUCCAGCUACGCACAACUACCGGUUCCUGACGGAGCGAGACUUCCGCGGGUUCGUCAAGGAGCCGGAGGCCAUGACGGUGCGCGUCCAGGAGUCCUUUCUGCCGCCGCCGCCGCCCGCGCAGCCUGAGGAGCGAAGGGUGGUCGACGUGGCCUCCCGCCGCAGCGGCGGCCUCGCCACGACGAACAACUUCCAGCCGGCGAACAAGCCCGGAGCGGCGUCACCGGGGAAGAAGACACAGUCGCGGAGGCGGAAGCCGGCGAGGACCCCGUCCAAGGGCAGCGGCGCCGCCGUGAGCGCGGCGAGGACGAGCUUCGCGUCCGAAUUCUCCGGCUUCGGCGACUCCGACUCAGAGUCCAGCGCUAGCGACGGGUACUCGGUGAAGGAGCUCGUCGUCGACUCCGACAGCGACUGGUUCCUCUCGGAGAAGGACUUUCCCGCGGCGGCGCACGACGCCGCCAGCCUCCGGAGCUACAAGGCCAAGGUGCUCCAGGCCAUGGAGUCCCUGCAGGAGGUUGACGCGCUGGAGCGGUCUUUCCGCCAUUCCACGCCGACCACGGUGUCGCCGGGCUCGAUCGGCCAGGCUUCUCCGGACAGCAUCAAGUACCCUGAGGACAUGUGGUCUCGGAGCCCUUCGCCGGAUGCCGAGUACAAAGAGGAUGACGAGAAGGGAACUGGAGAAGCCGAAGAGGCAGAGGGGAGCUGCAUCGACAUGAGUGAUGAUGAUGACGAGCCCAUGGCCGCAGCACCCGUGUACGACGCUGAUUCCACUGCUGAGAACAGCUUGGAGCAUUCGGAGAAGGAAACCAUCACGAUAAAUGAUCAUUCAGACGAAGCUAUUUCCGAUGCUAAGAGCAGUCCAGGAGCAGCCACUGACAGAGAGCUGGCUGUUUCGGCGUAUCAAUCAGUUCAUGAUACUAAGAGCCCAGAGCCAGAGCCAUCAGAGAGGGUACUUGUCGGUACGAGUGAUAAUUCGCCGGAGCUUGUCUCUGUUGAUAGGGCAGAAUCGGCCAGUACAAAUGAUCAACCAGAUGCAUCGGUUUCUGACGACAAGAGAAGCCCAGAGCAUUCCGAUCUAGAAUUUGUCGGUACAGGUGACCAAUCACAUGAACUUGUUAUAGCUGAUGUUUGGAAAGAAAUUGUAGGCAGAGAAGAACAAGCAGGUGAAGUUGCUUAUGAUGAAAAAAGAAGCCCUGAGCUUUCAGUGAAAGAACUUUCUGUCACAAAUGAUCAUUCAAAUGAACUCAUGCCUGAUGACAGGAAAGCAAUUGUCGAUAUAAAUGAUCAGUCAGGUGCAGUGGUUUCUGAUGAUAACAUAAUCCCAGAGCAUCCAGAGCAAGAGUUCGAUACAAAUGAUCAUCAUCAUGGGGUGAUCCCUGAAGGCAAGAACAUUUCAGAGCCAACAGAAGAUAAACGUGCUAGUGCAGAUGAUCAUCCGGGCAAAACCCCUCGACAUGUCCAUUUCUCAGUUCCCGAGAAGGCAAAAGCUUUGGAGGAGGAGGAAGAGGAUCAGGAAGGCAAGUGGAAAGACUUGACAGAGGAGGAGGAUGAGCUGGAGUCACUGUGGGAGCACCAGGACCUGAUAGAGCAGCUUAAGCUGGAGCUGAAGAAGGUGCGGUCAGUUGGGCUGCCGACGAUCCUGGAGGAAGCAGAGUCACCAAAAGCGCCAAUGGAGGACCUUAAGCCAUGGAGGAUUGACGCCAAGUUCCUGCGUGACGACCCGAUGGACGAGCUGAACAAGUUCUACAAGAGCUAUAGGGAGAGGAUGAGAAAGUUUGACAUACUGUGCUAUCAGAAGAUGUAUGCAAUAGAUUUUCUCCAGCUCAGAGGGCCCCAACAAGCCACGAACUCUCUGAAAACCAUGUCACCAACAGUGACAUCCAUCCUGUCACACAAUUUCCGAUCAUCUCGACGGAGAUCACCCGAGGACCCAUCUGAGCGGUUUCUCAAGGAGCUCCGGUAUGACUUGGAGACGGUCUACGUUGGCCAGACGUGCCUGUCAUGGGAGUUCCUCAGGUGGCAGUACGAGCAAGCCCGUGAUCUGCCGGAAUCCGACUCUUACCACAGCCACCAGUACAACCAGGUGGCCGGAGAGUUCCAGCAGUUUCAGGUGGUGGUGCAGAGGUUCGUCGAGGACGAGUCCUUCAAGGGCCCAAGGCUGCCAAACUACAUCAACAAUCGAUGCGUCCUUCGGAACCUCUUGCAAGUACCUGUGAUAAAAGAGGACAGUUUAAAGGACAGGAUGGAGGACCAGCGCAAAGGGAACUACGUCAUUACGAGCGAGGAGCUGGAGGACGUUAUGGAGGAGUCAAUGCACAUUUUGUGGGAGUUCAUCAAGGUUGACAAAUCAGAGACGCCGUCGUCGGUCCUGAAGGGCUUGUCGAACGCCCACGUCGAGCUCCAGGACCCCUUGGACCAUGAUCUUAUGAUGCACAUCCAUGCCACAUUACAGAAGAAAGAGAAGAGGCUGAAGGAUCUCUUGAGGACGGGGAACUGCAUCGUAAAGAAGUUCAAGAAGCCCAAGGAGGACAGAUCGAACCAGAACCUCUUCUUCUCGCAGGUCGACAUGCGGCUGGUGGCGCGGGUGCUGAGGAUGCCGAGGAUCACCAGCGAGCAACUGCAGUGGUGCAAGGCGAAGCUGGACAAGAUCAUACUGGUAGAAAAUAGGAGGAUCCACAGGGAAGCUUCAUUUUUGUUGUUCCCCUGCUGAGAGUACAUAUUAUCUCUCUCUCUCUCUGAUUUUGUUUCUUUUCUCUUCAUAAAAAGCAAUCAUCACCAUGUAAUCCACGGCUUGUAGGUAUUUUUCCCAACCCCUUAGUAAUCCAGUUUCUUUACAGUUUACACUCUACAAAGGUCGGUAACUACAAAUGUAACUUGAUAAACAUGGCAUGAAUCACAGAUCCCAUGUCAUAUAUAUAGUCAAUUCUACUAGCAGCCACUGGCUUUUAACUAGGGAAUAAAGACACGUCUACCAGAAUGUGCGCAGGUUGCCACUUCUGAAACCAA